CCUGGCGGACAAAUAAAGCGCCGGAAACCUGUUGCCCUUUCCUCAGAAGAGCCUUGCGCGAAAACUACAGCGAAAGAGCGGUUAUGACGACGUGCUGAGCCGAAGACGAAUUCCGGCUGAGUUUCUCCUCCUGUCACACUCUGUAACUCACGGUGAAGAAAAAGACGACGUUUGCUGUGAUGGACGGGGCCGCGGAGCGCGUGAGGAUCCCGCCAGAAAUGGCACUUUAUGCGGAGAAACAUGAAAUAUUUGAUUUGCUUCAGUGCAUGGUGAGGAGCCUCAUGGUGGACAAGCCAGAAGAGCCCAUUGAGUACCUGAUCGAGCUGCUCAGCAGAGGCCGAACGGAGGUUCCCCGGAUUAUGGUGUUGGGUCCUCCAGCAUCAGGGAAAAGGACAAUCGCCGUCCAGCUGUGUGAGCACACCAAAGCCGUUCACAUCACUGCCAGCAAUGUGUUGAAGGAGGACACGAGACUGACCAGGGAGGCAAGGCACCUCAGAGACAUCCAAAAGGAAAUCCCUUGUGAGCUCUGGAUCAAGCUGAUUCAACAAUGCCUCUCAAAGGUGGAUUGCAUCAGACAAGGCUGGGUGCUGGAGGGGAUACCCCAUACUCGACAAGAGGCCUUGCUCUUACAGGAAGUUGGCAUCUUCCCCGAACACGUAGUGAUGUUGGAGGCUCCUGAUGAAAUCCUGAUUAAGAGGAGCCUGGCUAAGAGAAUGGAUCCAGCCUCAGAAGUGGAUAUGAAGUUAGAGCAGCAGCAGGGGUUUCUAUCAGAAGACGACAUUGCCUCCCAGCUAAUAAAGUACCACCAGGAGGCACACGCCUUGCAGAGGACGUACAAGAACUGUCUUAAGGUUGUUAAAUCUGACCAAUCCCAGGAUGAGGUGUUUGCACAAGUGCUGAGCCAUGUCCAGUGCAAGCCUCGGUCCAUGGCCCCCCACACACCCAGGGUCCUCCUCUUUGGGCCCCCAGGCUCUGGGAAGAGUCUGCAGGCUGCAUUGAUCGCUCAGAAGUACAACCUUGUCAACAUUUGCUGUGGAGAGCUUCUGAGGGCAGUUUCUGCAGACGAGACAAGUAUGGGAGAACUCAUUAAACCUUACCUAGCAUCUGGAGAGCCAGUGCCCGACAGCAUGGUGCUCCAGAUUAUGACAGAGCGACUCAGCAGGCUGGACUGCACCGCCCGUGGCUGGGUGCUGCAUGGAUUCCCCCGCGACAUCAAACAAGCCAAGAUGCUCUAUGAGGCCAACUUCAUCCCCAGCAGGGUCUUUUUCCUGGAGGUGACUGAUGAAGUUGCAAGUGAAGUAGUUACUUUAAGGGCAGUCGAUCCCAUCACUGGUGAGAGGUACCAUUCAUUGUAUAAACCAGCCCCCAGCCCAGAAAUAGAAGCCCGUUUGCAGCACAACCCACGGGACUCAGAGGACCGGCUGCGGAGCCAACUGAAACAAUACUCGGCCAGUGUCCCGGCUUUGAAGGCCAUGUACCCUGGCGCUCUGAGCAUCAACGUUGACCAGGACCCCCACGCUGUGUUUGAGACCCUGGAGAGCUGGCUAGUACAGCGUGUGACCACCGCAGGACUGCCUGGUGUUGUGAUGGAUGUCAAGGAGGGAGGAAGCUUGUAACUUGUACAUAACAUAAUGCACUGCAGACCACAUUACAGUUAGCCCUGAAGAGUUUUUUUAUACGGAUCAAUUCUCUACAUGCUUCUGUGUGGGCAUGUAGAGAGGGCAGCUGGUGCCUUUAGACCCAAAGGUUACAGGUUUGAUUCCCCCUCCUGCUGUAGUACCC